GCCGGUGUGGCGGCCAUCUUGGCGUAGGAGGAGUCUGGAGGCAGAUUGGGGGCAGACAGUGUUCUGAGGCCGCCGCAUCCUCUCCGCCAUGUCCGCCGAGAACCUGGAGAACAAGACGCCGGAGGAGGCCUCCACUGACGAGCAGAAGGAAGUGGAUGAUAAGGUAAUCAGUCCAGAAAAGGUAGAAGAGGCCAAAUUAAAAGCAAGCAAAAAUAUUUUGAUUCUGGUGACUAUAACAUGGCUAAAGCGAAAAUGAAGAACAAGCAACUUCCUACUGCUGCUCCAGACAAGACAGAGGUUACAGGGGAUCAUAUUCCUACUCCACAGGAUCUUCCCCAGAGGAAACCUUCUCUUGUGGCCAGCAAGCUGGCUGGCUGAGCUGGCCUGUCUGCAUGAAAA